GAAAAACGAACAAAGACUUCCUUUGUCUUCUUCUUCCUCCUCUGCUCCAUUCGCUUCCCGCCCUCCUCCUGCAAACCCCACCCCAAACCCUACCCUCCCAUGCCGCGGCCAUGGCGCCGCUCCACCCACCGGCCGCCUUCGACCGCCACUACGGCCUCCCUCCCUGGGACCCCGCCCUCACCUCCUCUAACCCUUCCUUCCACCAGGGCUUCCUCAAGGCCGCCUACGACGGCGACCUCCUCGACGUCAGGAAGGGGGCGAAGGUGGUGCCGUGGUGGGCUGGGGCUUGGAAGGGCGCCGCCUCGCCGAGAGGCUGGGCGCCGUCAGGGACGGGUUCGGCAUCGGUCUGCUCCACUCCGCCGCGCUCGAGCUUCUCCCCGUCUGCCGCCUCCUUGUUGAGGACCUCCGGCUCGACAGACGCCGCGGUGCGUUGUCCGUACGCCUCCAAAACCCUCUCCUUUUCUGCUCUCACUCACAGGCACGCACGAUUACCUUGGUUGCCAAACACCUCUGACCUUCGCGAUCGGCCUUCAGAACGUGGCCAUGAUGGUGCUUUUACUUUUUUGAGCAAGGCGCUGAAUUUCUGAAGAAAGGGAGUAAGGUGCUGGCCUUAUGUGAAUGUUCUUCCUUUUUUCCCCCAUAGACAUUGUGUAAUGCAGAAAAAAGAACUAGCAAGCCUUUUAUUUUUUCUAUAACCAAGUCCAAAAGGUAAAGAAAAGAAGAAGCUCUUUUCUGCAAAUUCGGUGUAUUUGAUCAACUCCCAUGCCACACAACUAUUGGAUUCUAUUUCAGUAUAUCUUAUAAUUAUUUAGAUGUUAUUUCUCUAAUAAUGUAUUAAAAUAUACUCCUCUGAUCCUAAAUUCUUGUCGUGGUUUUAGUUCGAAUUAUUUAGACAUUAUUUCAGUAUUACAUAGGAUGACACUAACAAAUCACUGUGAAGACAAGGAGCUACAAGAAAGAAUCUAUAGCCAAGUCGUGGUAUAUCAUGUAUAUUUUAUCCAGGAAACCGUGAAAUCGUAGAGCUCUUACUCUCCAAUGGAGCUUGCGUCAAUGCAUUCAGUUUUGGUGGGACAGCAUUACAUGCUGCUGUCCAUGAUGGGUGAGAUGAUAUUUUGAAGAUUUUGUUGGACAACCAUGCAGAUGUAAUUGUGAUUCCCAUCUUUUCUUUUUCUGAACUUGCUUGUGAUUUAUCCUAACUUUAUCAUAUUUGAGUUUUUUCAUCUGGUUGGUUUGUCGCAUUGCACUUCUUCUUUUAUUCCUUCUAGCUUUAAGCUGUAAUCAUGUUGUCUUAUACCACCUGCUUCGAACCGUAGUUAUCAAUAUUUUGCCUUGGUAACAUGAGCAAUUUUGUUGAUCUUUUCUCCAAACUAAUCCCAUUUUCUCUAAUCCACAGAUCAACCUGUAGUCUCCUUUCGAGCGCUGAUUUUUGCUGUUUCACUCCAAGUUCCGUGGAGUCGUGAGAUCUGACUGUAUAAAUACAUGCUUUGUUUUCUAGCAUAUGCAUACUAUGACUGUAUAAACUUUACACUAUGCUUCUAGUUUCUUCCAUCCUUGCAUGAUGUAGCCUGACAAGUAGAACUGGACGUGCUUAGCAAUGUUAUAUAUUGCUAUAGUGCAUUCAUGUGUAGAUCUUGGCUUUGCAGCGUUCCUAUAAUUUUAUUAGUGCUUGACUAUUAAUGCACAAUGACUGUUGAGGUCAUGGAUUUCCUAUCCUAUGCAUUUUUAGCAGUUAUCAUGGACUUCCCAGACAGAUGAUGAGGAUUAGAUCAACUUAUGUAGAUAAAUUUUUUUUUUGAGGAAUCUUAUGUAGAUAAUAUGAUAAACUAAUUCAUUACUUUUGCCAUGUUUGUGUGUGCUAUUUUUGUUAUUUCAGCUUUUUGACAAAGCUUUUGCUCAUGUUGUCAUGGUUAUAUCUACUAUAUAUUCUAUUUAUAGUUCUUUACCCCUCUCCUCCUUUAAGUUGUAUGCUGGCUGUAGUAACAAGGAUUACUAAUUUCUUAAUUUCUCAACAGCAUAAGAUAACUAGUGGUAGUGUGGUACUGGUUAUACAGCUCUUGUUAUUGCUGCUAUGGUGGGCUCACUGAAAUGUGUGAAGCUCCUGCUUGAGGCCGGUGCUGAUGUGGAUGGCAAUUGUAAAGAGACGCCCUUAAUGUUUGCUGCCAGUAAUGGUGGCUUUACUGACAUCCUGAAGUGCUUAGUCCUGGUUGGUGCAGAUGCUAAUGUUCUUGACAGUGUAAGCUGUUGCGCCUUGCUGCUACAUGCGUGCUUUCGUCCCUAAAAUUUGUAGUUUUGUGAUUUACACUGGGUGUUGUUUCUUACAUGAAAAAACAAAGCUACAUUUGAAAUUCAGUACGUGGUUCUAUUUGAUUAGUUGGAGAAACAUGUGAUGGCUAUAGGCUGUCUACUAGAUACGAAGAACUUGCUUUCGAGUUUCACUUCGAACAAAUUUUUUGUACAAUUAACUUACCAAGAAA